GAAGAAGAAGAAGCGAUUAGCAGCGCAGAUUCUUUCUGUGGUUCUUCUGCUUUCUGACCGACACACGGAGACAACAUGCCGGGACUUCUGCUUGGAGAUGAGUUUCCAAACUUCGAGGCCGACACCACUGUCGGCCGGAUCCACUUCCACGACUUCCUGGGCAGCUCGUGGGGGAUCCUGUUCUCCCAUCCGAGGGACUUCACCCCUGUCUGCACCACCGAGCUCGCCUGCGCUGCCCGAGUCAGUGACCAGUUCAAGAAACGAGGCGUGAAGAUGAUUGCCUUAUCCAUUGACAGCGUGGAGGACCACCGCAACUGGAGCAAGGAUGUAAUGGCGUUUAACAGCGACGCUGACACCUCCCUGCCCUUCCCCAUCAUUGCCGACCACAACAGAGAGCUGUCCGUCCAGCUGGGUAUGCUAGACCCCGAUGAGAGGGACAAAGACGGUCUGCCGCUCACCGCCCGCUGUGUGUUUGUGAUCGGUCCUGAUAAGAAGCUGAAGCUGUCCAUCCUCUACCCAGCCACCACGGGGAGGAACUUCGACGAGAUUCUCCGAGUCAUCGACUCUCUGCAGCUCACUGCCCAGAAGAAGGUCGCCACACCUGUCGACUGGAAGGUUGGUGAGAAAGUGAUGGUGAUUCCCUCUCUCUCUGACGCUGAGGCUGCCGCUCUCUUCCCUAACGGAGUGACCACCAAAGAGCUGCCUUCUGGGAAAAAAUAUCUGCGCUACACCCAACCCUGAACCAGGAAGUAGACCCAGCCCUGAUCAGACCCUGAGCCUGACAUUAAGACUAGAUCCUGUUCUAGUUUAAAACUGACCUGUAAACCAUUUAAAGCUUACGAUCACAGAACUGACCUAAAGCACUUAUCUGUUAGCUGACCACAGUCUGAGUCGACAUGCACAGUGCCUUCUUUCACUUCUAAUAAAAUUCCUUUUCACAUA